UCAGUUUUCGUUCGUACCUCAAGGUUAGUUGCCGGGUAUUUUUUCAAGUUUGCAAGCGAUAAUGCGCAGCAGGUUGUUACUCGGAAUGUACACAUAAAUUAACGAAGUAAGUAUUAUGAUGUACACUGAAACUAGCAUUGCAUUGAAAUUCCAGCAGCUGGAAUAAUUAAUACGAUUAUAAUUUCUAGUUGGGCUGUACGAAAAUAGAAAAUUGAUUUGGUAAUAUUACUGUGGCAUUAAUGAGCAUCUGUAUUCCGUAAAAGAACUAGUAUCACACAGAAAUGUUGAAUUUGUACUGUGUUAGUCAUGCAUGAACCAGUACUGUACUCAGAAAGAACUGUGAGUACAAACGAAAGUAUUGUAUUUCGAAUUAGACUCUGAAUAACGUACAAAGGAAUCGUUUGUGUAUGGAAACGUCAUAACAUACUAAUUACACUAAGUCAUCUCGACACAUACCACAUAGAUAUUGAGGAUUCUUUAGCAAGAGUUACCCUAAGUUGUUAAUACUAUGAUAGUAGGGGAUUCUACCGCUUAUUGGCUCUUACUGCAAGAUAGUCCCCAUAAAAUUUUGUUUAGCUCCUUACACAUUCAACCUUAUCAACUCAACCUGGUAAGAAGACAUGAUUGUAGGGCCUUCCUUAGAUAUACUAUGGACGAUUUUAAAUAGCCGAGGGAUUAUGAUAUCUGAUUUCCUAGAAAGAAUCUCAAAAACAGCUUUGUUGAGUAAAGUUCAUUAGUGGAAAUAGACACUAACUUAUCACUUGUUUACAUUUUAUGCUGAAGUGCAUGAUAAAUUCACUUAUUAAGUAAUAAACUAUAAGCAUCACCAAUUUCUACGAUAGUUUUCACGCAAAAUUAAUUCAGCCAAAUACUCUAAAGUAGAGAAAAUUUAAAUAAGACACCGGUCACUAAUGUGUGAUAUUCCUCCUACCGGACUUGCGAAAAGUCUAAACUGGAGGCUCGGCUCUUAAAAACCAAGCGAAUACAUGCUACGUCUUCAGGUGAGAUUAGUCCUCUAGUCACUCCGUAAAACCUCUGGAAAUACAAUCAACUAUCUUAGGUAACAAGUCAGUCGUGUCAUGUUGGCUAUAACGCUGCAUUAUGAUGUUAUUCUGUCAUCUAAGGUCAAUCUGUGGUACGAUCGGAAUGUCAACGACUGGAUUAUUCAUAAUUAAAAUGAAAAAGGCCACUAAAAACAGCCAAGAGGUAGAAAAGGCUGUAAUCCAAGACGCUGAGACUAGUUGCGAUUCUAUUCAAUGUACUGGUCUUCAGGCCUAUCUGGUUAGUAUCAGCCUGUAAUAAUUUGAGUUCAUAAGCAAGAUAAUCCCUAUUGAGUGUUUGGAGAAAUAUCCGCUUUUAUGAACAGAUCUUUUGUAUAAGUAAAAUACCUGAAUAUUUACUGAGUAAAGGAUUAACGAUACUAAUCUGUUUAUUGUUAAUUUUUACGCUUUUCAUCCUGUUUUCACAUAUUUUAUUCUUUUUUUAUUACUUCUGAUAUCACUAUCUUUUUUUCAUGGAUGCAGUGAUGUAAGUUUGAUCUACCAUGAAACUUCAUGCUAGAGUUCAUAUGUACCUAUUCUAUCUAUUGACAGUGCUUCAAACAGAUUUCCACUUUUUCAUUGGCUGUUUUAAAAGCAUUCUCAUAAGCGUCCUCUCACAUCGAUCAUAUCUCUAAAUUAAAUGAUAAAAUUUGUUCAGGUAAACUGGCCUUUGUCUGAAGAAACUCAAAAAGAAAGCCAAGCUGGCCGAUAAAGGUUUAAGCCUUCAUACAUUAAAAUUAGUAGGACAUAUUAUAUGCAGUAAUUUUAAUGGGUACUUAGUGUGUCGUGGCUAAAACAAUCUUUGUUGCUUAUUAUUUAGUGAUAUAUCACAAGUAACAAUAAUAAAUGGACGAUCAAACAGUCUAGUGGUUUUAGACUACUGCAACUUGGUCAUUUGGGUGACUUAAUUUCGCCUGCUUGAAAUCUUUAAUACUUAUCUAUCGAUAUAUAUUCCUCUGAAAAUACUGGAAAGUCAAUUGUUUUUUUGUUUUAGCUGCUUACUCUAACAAAGAUUAGUUUCUUCACAAAUGUUGACAUCGAAAGCAGUAUUGUCCAUUUAUAGGAAACUACUUCAAAUCAAUGCAACCUAUGUUCAUAGGUCGUCAAAAGAAUUGAUUGAAAGUGGUGAGUCAGCUAUAACUAUUUCCCCUGAUGGAGCAGUUGUUAUUUGUUGGCAUCCGGUUAGAAAAGUUCCCUAUGAAUGUACUAAACCUAUUUCACAUGAUGUAAAAUCUCUACGUACUCCAACUUCUCCUCUAAAAAUUAAUGUACCCGAUACACUAAUCAAAAGUUCUGCAGAACCUACUGUAGUGGAACUAUCAAAAGCUUUUGGUGUCCCAUGGUUCCAUUUUCGACCUAGGAGAAUUCAAAAAUCUCGUUCACCUUACUUUUGGGCCCCGCUUAAGGAACGAAAUAGCUUGUAAACUUUAAAUAAUAAACGUGUUUUAAUCGCUAAUAAAGUUUCCUAG